AUGGAGCAGGGGAACGGUCCACAGCGACACGGCAGCGAUGACGCAACACGGUCCACAGGGAAGAACAAGGCGAAAGGAACUGCUCAGUCUGAAGGCACGCCAGAGCACAAGCGUAGCAAAUCCGGAGGCUUUCUGGGCAGCCUCGCAUUUCUGAGAUCCAAAGAUGUUGUCAAGAAGCCACUGUUGAGGCUGGAGGCGGAGGAUGAGGGCCAGAUGGAGGACACGGAAGCUGCCCAGGGACGCUCCUCCCUCGCGACUGCAAUGGGGCACGCUCGAAAACGAAAAGGCUCGCUGAGAAAGGCAGCCAUGGCGAAGAUGCGUGAGCGCAGUGGCUCGCUGCGCAAGGACCGGUCGUCUAUGAAGCCGCCCGUUAUCACCACGACCAUGAGCGCAACCUCACUCGACGACGACGAUACAAACCCCCGCCGCUUCAGCUACGAGAACGGUCCUCUCAACUCAUCCUCGGACAGCGGCUGGCUGUUGCCUAAAAGCACCCUGUCUCACUCUGCGUACGCACCCAGUCUAGAGGCUGCAGAACGCCCGCGACUCCUCGCCUCGCCCAUCACGAGCCCCGUCGGCCCAUACGCAUCCACAACGGACGAAGACGAAGCACUCUCAUUCUACCGACCUCCCGUGUCCGGCAGCAGCAGUUCUUUGUACGCCAUGUCUACACAAGACCCCACUGUCCAGGGCCGGCGCUCGAAUCGAUCUGAUCGGCGUACCUCUCUGACCACAGUCCAAACGCCCACUGACCUCGAAGCAGAAGACGAAUGGGACUACAGCGAGACAGAGUGGUGGGGUUGGGUCGUGCUUAUAGUGACGUGGAUCGUCUUUGUCGUUGGAAUGGGCUCCUGUCUUGGUGUCUGGAGCUGGGCUUGGGAUGUUGGUGAAACUCCUUAUGCGCCACCAGAGCUGGAAGACGACGAGUCGCUGCCCAUUGUUGGAUACUACCCUGCAUUGAUAGUGUGUACGGCCGUGAUGAGCUGGGUUUGGGUUGUGAUAGCUUGGGUGGGCAUGAAGUACUUUCGACACUCGAAGAUGGUGGCAGACGAUUGA